CCCGCAAGGCGACCGGGGCGCUGGCUCGGGGCGCUGGCUCGGGGCUGGGCACGGCGCUGGGCACGGCGGGGCAGCCGCGUCGCCCAACGCCCCUGGAAAUUUCCAAGCGCCCGGCGGGGCCCCGCGGGCUCCGGUUAUGCAACGGGCCCGGCCGGGCGCCGAGCCCCCCGCGCCCCCCGCGCUGCCGGGAUAUAAGGCGGGCGCGGGCGGCGGCGGCGGCAGCACCCACCAUGGAGCCGGCCGCCCUGCUCCUGGCCGCCUGCCUCUGCUGCCUGCUCCUCGCCGCGGCGCAGCGGCACCGGCUCCGGCACCGGCACCCGCAGGGGCGGCUGCCCCCCGGCCCCGCGCCGCUGCCCCUGCUCGGCAACCUGCUGCAGCUGAGCACCCGCAGGCCCCUCCAGGCCCUCAUGCAGCUGCGGGAGAAGUACGGCCCCGUGUUCACGGUGCACCUGGGGCCGCGGCGGGUCGUGGUGCUCUGCGGCCAUGAGGCCGUCAGGGAGGCACUGGUGGACCACGCCGAGGAGUUCAGCGGCCGCGGGGCGCUGGCCAUCAUCGACCGCAACUUCAACGGCUUCGGGGUGGCCCUGGCCAACGGGGAGCGGUGGAAGCAGCUGCGGCGCUUCUCCCUCACCGUCCUGCGCAACUUCGGCAUGGGCAAGCGCAGCAUCGAGGCGCGCAUCCGGGAGGAGGCCCAGUUCCUGCUGCAGGCCCUGCGCGACACCCGAGAGCAGCCCUUCGACCCCACGUACUUCCUGAGCCGCACCGUCUCCAACGUCAUCAGCGCCGUCGUCUUCGGGAGCCGCUUCGACUACGCGGACGGCACCUUCCUGGAGCUGCUGCGCCUCGUCAACCAGAGCUUCGUGGAGCUGAGCACGCCCUGGGCCCAGCUCUACGACAUGUUCUCCGGCGUCCUGCGGUACCUGCCCGGCCGCCACAACCGCCUCUACCGCCUCAUCGAGGAGCUCAAGGGCUUCGUGGCCGCGCGCGUGGCGGCCAACCGGGCGUCCCUGGACCCCGCCGCCCCCCGCGACUUCAUCGACUGCUUCCUCAUCCAGGGUGACAAGGAGAGCCAGAACCCGGCGAGCGAGUUUAACAGCACCAACCUGGUCCUCACCGCCCUCAACCUCUUCUUCGCGGGGACGGAGACCGUCAGCUCCACCCUGCGCUUCGGCUUCCUCUUCCUCAUGAAGCACCCGCAGGUGGAAGAGAAGGUGCACGAGGAGAUCGAGCGCGUCAUCGGCCGGCACCGCGCGCCCGCCAGCGAGGACCGCGUGAACAUGCCCUACACGGAGGCGGUGAUCCACGAGAUCCAGCGGCUGACGGACAUCGUGCCGCUGGGGAUGCCGCACGCGGUGACGCGGGACACCCUCUUCCGCGGCUACCUGCUGCCCAAGGGCACCGACGUCUUCCCCGUGCUGGGCUCGGUGCUGCGCGACCCCGCGUACUUCAGCCGCCCCGAGGAGUUCGACCCCGGGCGCUUCCUCGACGCCGACGGCCGCUUCAAGAGGAACGACGCCUUCGUGCCCUUCUCCCUGGGGAAGCGCAUCUGCCUGGGGGAGGCCCUGGCGCGCAUGGAGCUCUUCCUCUACUUCACCACCGUCCUGCAGAGCUUCUCGCUGCGGCCCCGGGUGCCGCCGGCGCAGCUCGACGUCUCGCCCCGCCUGAGCGGCUUCGGCAACGUCCCCCCCCGCUACGAGCUGAGCCUGGUCCCGCGCUGA